ACACAGGGUUCACGUGACUGAUCGUCGCCCAGGUUGUGUCGAAAGCAUCCUGGUAUUAGCAGUUAGCUAUCCGCUGACAAAAAUACUAUAUGUCAAUAUAUUUUUUCAUGUGUAAAAUAUUAACGUGGCUUUAGUGGAGACCAAGAAGAUAAGAAACUACCCAAACUGGCUUUUUUCAACAUGGUUUCAUAGCUGAUAUCUGAAGAAGCCAGUUGACAUAGCUAACUAAACAUUAGCGUUAGCUGAAGUCCAAACUUUGACGGGCAACAGCAGAAAUUCGUUAGCUAGCUGCUAGUUUGCCGAUUUACUACGACCAUCCUUGUUAGCCAGGUAACAUCUUGUUAUUGUAGCAAUUAUGCUAGCUAACUAGCAUCGUAGGUGUUUACGCACUGAGUAAUGCGUUAUGUUGACUAGUCGUUGAUGUGAAACUAGAGUUAACGUUAUUGAGAAGUAUCGUCAGCUAACUUAUGAAUAAUGACUUCUGUUAAACAGCUAAUGCUAACGUUAGCCACUUAAAUUUAACUGUAACUAACCUACACAAUUUACGUUACUGAGUAUCUUUAUCAUAGCUAAUAGUGAAAUAAAGCAGCAGCUAGUAAGCAACUGUUAUCUAAAAUACUACGUGCUGUGUUUUCUGAUUGAUUUCGGUUUAUCACAUGAGAUAAAUAAUGCGAAAAACCAGGAUGUCAAUCGCUUGGGGAUUAACGUUAGGACAGCAGUAUUGUUUUGAAAACACAGCUGUCCGGUCAUUUCGGUAAUCCUUGUAUUCCUCAUAAUGCAGCUACAAUAGAUGUUUGUAAUUGCUGAACGCAAAAUUUAACAUUCUCCUUUUUAUACCAAAAACAUUUGACCACCUAGUUAAUCUUAAACACGUUGUGUAGGCUAUAGUCUUCUUUAAGUUAUGUCUGGGGACGCAUCUGAUAGUAGUGAUGACUCCGAUACAAAAAUAAAUGAAAAUGCCUGUACCGUCAAGCAUCAAAUCACCAAUGCUAACCUCACAGGUCACACUGAGAGGGUUGGCAUGGAGAACUUUGAGCUGCUCAAAGUUUUGGGAACUGGAGCUUAUGGAAAAGUGUUUUUGGUCAGGAAGAACACCGGUCACGAUGUGGGCCAGCUAUAUGCAAUGAAGGUGUUAAAGAAAGCAGCUAUUGUUCAAAAGGCAAAGACAACAGAACAUACUCGCACUGAGAGGCAGGUGCUGGAGCACAUCCGCGAGUCUCCCUUCCUGGUCACGCUCCACUAUGCCUUUCAGACACAAAGCAAACUACAUCUCAUCCUGGACUAUGUGAGCGGCGGGGAGAUGUUCACUCACUUAUACCAGCGGGAUCACUUUCCUGAAGAGGCGGUGCGGAUUUAUACUGGGGAAAUAAUCCUGGCUCUGGAGCACCUGCACAAGCUCGGCAUUGUGUACCGAGACAUCAAAUUGGAGAACAUUCUUCUCGACAGUGAAGGCCAUGUGGUGUUGACAGAUUUUGGGCUCAGCAAGGAGUUUCUGGAAGAAGAGAAGGGCAGGACCUACUCUUUCUGUGGCACCAUUGAGUACAUGGCACCUGAAAUCAUCAGGGGGAAAUCUGGACAUGGCAAGUCGGUAGAUUGGUGGAGCCUUGGGAUCCUGAUAUUUGAGCUUCUGACCGGUGCAUCUCCUUUUACCUUGGAGGGAGAGAGGAACUCCCAGAGUGAGGUGUCAAAACGUAUUUUGCGCUGUGAUCCACCGUUCCCCUCUAUGAUUGGACCCGUUGCUCAGGACCUGCUGAGGAAGUUGUUGGUGAAAGAUCCCCACAGGAGGCUGGGCUCCGGACCGCGAGGGUCUGAAGACAUCAAAGCACAUUCCUUCUUCAAGGGACUGAACUGGGCUGACCUGGCAGAGAAGAAGGUGCCAAGUCACUUCAAGCCAGAGCUGAAGAGUGAACUUGACGUGGGGAACUUUGCUGAGGAAUUCACAGGGAUGGAUCCCGUCUACUCUCCGGCGAGCACACCACCAAGCACAGACCGCCUGUUCCAGGGUUACUCCUUUAUUGCGCCCUCCAUCCUGUUCAACAAGAAUGCGGUGAUGGGAGACUUUGUACAAUCCCAGAUUGGUGCUAAUCGUCCAGCUUCAGCCUCUGUCCAGCGCAGUGCAAUGUUGGAGGAAUCCCAUUUUUUCCAGCACUAUGAGCUGUGUCUUCACGGGCCACCCCUCGGUGAGGGUAGCUUCUCUGUGUGCAGGAAAUGCCGACACAAGCAAAGUGGCCUCGAGUAUGCCGUCAAGAUCGUGAGCCGCAGAAUGGAGGCAAACACCCAGAGGGAAGUUGCAGCUUUGAGGCAAUGUGAGACUCACCCAAACAUCGUCAAGCUGCAUGAAGUCUACACUGACCAGUACCACACAUAUUUAGUGAUGGAGCUUCUGCGAGGUGGGGAGUUGCUGGAAAGGAUCAGGAGGAAGAAACUCUUCGGAGAGGCAGAGGCCAGUCAGCUGUUACAGAGCCUGGUCUCAGCUGUCAGCUUCAUGCAUGAGGCCGGAGUCGUGCACAGAGACCUCAAACCAGAGAACGUGCUGUUUGCAGAUGAAGGGGAGGACUCCGUGCUGAAAGUAAUAGAUUUUGGAUUUGCCCGCCUGUGCCCUGCAGGCAGCGCCCCCCUGCAGACUCCCUGCUUCACGCUGCAGUAUGCUGCACCUGAGCUUUUUGAGAGUGCAGGAUACGACAAAGCCUGUGACCUCUGGAGUCUUGGGGUCAUUUUGUACACCAUGCUGUCAGGCCAGGUGCCAUUUCAGAUUGAGCAGCGGGGGAUGACCUCAUCAUAUGCUGCUGACAUCAUGCAAAAAAUUAAGGAGGGCGAUUUUUCAUUGGAUGGGGAGGCCUGGAAGGGUGUAUCGGAGGAUGCCAAAGAGCUUGUUAAAGGCCUACUGACAGUGGACCCAGAAAUGCGUCUCAAACUCUCUGAUCUGAAGGAGAACAGCUGGCUGCAGGGCGGAGUGACCAUGUCCACCACUCCUUUGUGUACUCCAGAUGUGCUCGAGUCUAGUGGGCCUUCUGUGCGUACCUAUGUUAAUGCAACCUACAAGGCCUUCAACCGUGGUAAGAGAGAAGGCUUCUUUCUGAAAAGUGUCGACAAUGCUCCCCUUGCAAAACGCAGAAAGUUGAAGAUGACAAGUACAGGGGUAGAGACCCGAUGGAGUUCAUCCUCUUCCUCCUCUUCUUCUUCCACUUCCUCCUCUGCUUCUGCUUCUGCUUCUGCGUCUGCGACAGCAUCCAAAACACAGCCAAAGAAAACUGUGACUCCAAAGCAAUCUGUGGACCCAAAGCAGAGCUAGCCUAAAUGGCAGGGGAGAGAUCAGAGGGAAAUAUAAGAGGUAUGUACUUCAACCCAAUAUCCUCCAGUGGUGAUAGGGUCAGCCAGUUCCAAAAGAAAUACUGACAAACUAAAAGACUGGUUUGGGUUAGUGUUAAGUUUUAAAUUCAAAAUUGAAUUCCAUGUUUUAACAGCAAAGCAAUUUCGUUCAUCAUGCUAUAUUCUCCCCACACCAACUUUUCCUUGAGUGGAUGGAACAGAAGAUGGUAGAAGUCUAGUUUGGUAUUUUAAAAUGUACAGUAAUCUGUGGCCUUGAGAAAAAUAUAAUUAUUCAGUAUUCACUUACCAUAAUAUGGUGAUAUCACACACUAAAAGUAAAAAAUGAGACAUUUACCUAUUUUCACUGUGGGUAAGAAACAGUGCCUGGCUAUAUAGGGAUAAAGGGAAAAGGAGCCAUAAAUGAGCAGAAGCCAUAUAUACACAGCAGCACAGUGAAUAUAACAAUUGAGCCGUUGUGAAUACACACAAUUGUGCAUGUAAGUAAAUGAAAAGUCCUUCCAGGAAUUCCCAGGCUUUAAUCCUCUGAUUGUAUCUAGUUGUUUUGAACUUUGCCACAUGUAUAAUGAUUGGCAAAAGUUUGGCCCCAAGUGCUGUGCCAAAUGUAAGCACUCUGCUUUGUAAAGAAAGCAGUUUUGUGGAAACAUGUUUUACUGUUACACUAUUUGCAAAGAAUAAUGGUAAAAACAAAAGGCAAAUUGCUGGAAGGACUGAGCACAGAGGGAAAUGCUUGUGAUAUGUAUAACCUUUGAGAUUGCAGAGGACGCUGGAGUCAAAACUUUCUCUAUUGGCUGAGGGCACUGACUUUGCAGAGCAGUUGCACCUACACUACCAGCUCCACAGAUCUCAUUGAGCACAACGUGGGAGGCAUGUCUUGAUCGAUGGUUCUGAUAAAGUAUUUUGGCAAACAUUCAGUAUGACUUGAAGUGGUCGCAGUACUAACCAAGUGUUCAACGGUAGCACCUGUAAAAACAGAUGAAGCCACAGAAGCAGUUGUUUUUUUCGUCAUUACUUGCUGUAAAUUACUCGCAUUAUUGUGCCGCUCUGAACAUUUCUAGCAUGCUAAUCUGUUGUGAUGAUGAACUGUAAGAACUAUUUCUAUAUUUUGGUAGCUCUGGCUUACUACAGACAUGUCACCCAGAAUGUUUAUAUGCUACCAAGUUUGAGUUUUUCGUGCAUAGAUUGCAGCAAAAUCCAUUUUGGUGAUUUUGCGUGUACAUCGUCAUGGGCUUGUGAAUUUUAAAAGGGUAUUACAGUUUCUUGUUGCCCUGUCAGACCAGCGCCAUAUGUGGCUAUCACAAAUACAAUCUGAUUUGAUACAGGGAAAUAUUGUUUCCCCUCAACUACGCUCUGCUUGUUGUCCCCUGGGGUGUGAGGGUCUUUUUACAGAUGUGGGUUUAAAAACAUUGUAUGUAUUGUAUUAAAUUCAAAUAAUGUUACAGAAUAAGAAUCAAUUAUGACUUUAAUAUGGUUCUGAUGAGACCAUCCUGCAAGUUCUGUAUAUACUCAUCCUUGAUUUAGAGCAAACAAAAUGAUGUAAUGAUUUAAUGGUAUAUUAGUCUCCUGAUGUAUUGUUUUUGGACUUCUUUUUUUUACACGUUGCACAGUCAGUUGAUCAAUUAAAACACAUUUCAGCUUUAAAGGUGCUUUUCCUGAUAUUUAUUACAUGUAAUUGAUUUUGUGUGUGUGUGUGAGUGAGUGUGUGUGUGUGAGAGAAUUACUGUGUGAAUGGCACUGGGAGGUUGGUACCGAUAUUUCUGUACCAGAUGAAGAGUUAUUGCAACUUACUGUAUUAUUUCCUUCUUGUUGUUUUCCGCCUUUGUCUGUUUAAAGGUAACUGGUUGUUUGUGUUUGAACUUUUACAUUUUUACAUAAAAAAAACUGCUCUUAUUGGUGUUGAUAUUUUUUUGUUGUAGUAAAUGAUAUUUUUCCUUUUCUCUUUCUCUGUUUGAGCAUUACAUUUACUGAGAUGCACUGUCACUGAUGUCGUAACUGGGAAUUUAUCUUUUGCACCAAGAGUUUUUGGUUGGUGCAAAAAUAAACAUUACUUUUAAAUA